AUAUCCCACUGUCUUUUUUCCUUUUGGUUGGCUUUAAGUUUUUCUUCUUUCUUGCUUUCUCUCAGUCUUCUAUAUAAUUCACAACUCUCCAUCGUUCACUCCUUCACCAUGGGAAACAUGAGGGUGCAUCAGUUGGCACGUGGAUUCUGGGAGCACGAACCAUCCCUCUCCCUUGGCUGCAAGCGCUUACGCCCUCUUGCUCCCAAGCUGCAGCCCACCUCUACUGAUCAGGGGUUUUCCUCUUUUGACCUUAAGAGCUUCAUUAGACCCGAAAGUGGCCCUAGAAAGCUUGGCCCAUCCGAUGACAAGCGAGACUCUCCACAGGUGGAAACGCACCCAGGAGGUACGCGGUGGAAUCCAACGCAAGAGCAGAUAGGGAUUUUGGAGAUGUUGUAUAGAGGUGGGAUGCGAACUCCAAAUGCACAACAAAUAGAACAAAUCACUGCGCAGCUAGGAAAGUACGGGAAGAUCGAAGGCAAAAACGUUUUCUACUGGUUCCAAAACCACAAAGCACGCGAGAGACAAAAGCAGAAGCGCAAAAGCCUUGGACUUUUCCCUUGUCCGAGAAACUCAGCUCCCAUUACUACCAUAACUUUGGAUAAUAGGGUGGAAAUAAUGGAAAGAGAGGAGGAUAGUCCAUAUAAGAGGAAGUGCAGGAGCUGGUCAUUUGAGUACUUAGAAGAAGAAAGCAGAUCAUCAUGUAAAGAGGAGGAAAACAGAACUCUGGAGCUAUUCCCAUUGCGAUCCGAAGGCAGAUGAAAGGGUUUGAAAGAAAAGGAAAACAGAAGGAAAAAAACUGUUUGAAAACGAAAAAUCUGUUCCCAUUAUGAUCUGCUGUGAUAAUGAUGUGCUAUACCUUUUUCUUUCUUUUCUUUUCUCUUGUUUCGGGAAAGAAGAAAGGCAAAGGCUUCUGCUUUUACUCUACUGCUUAUUUAUUCCUGACUUAAAACCAAAGCGGGUUGGCGUCACUCUUUAUUCGAUCUCUCUCCGCUGGAGAAUUGCGUUUUUAGCUGUAUGAUCCUUUUGACUACAGUUGAAACGAAGCUUUCAGGUUAAAAGCAGUCACCCAUGGACACUGAAGUCCACACUUUCAUCCCCUUAAGCUAAGCCUUCUCAGUACUCCCCUUGAAUCUUUGAUCUUUGAGUUUCUUCAAAAUUGAGAAACAAAAGUAGGUGUGUUCUCGAAAAUCAAAAUAAUAGUAAAAAAUUAAAAUGCAUGAUCUAUCUAAUGGAGUAUUAUGAUAUACAUGAUUCUAUUGCUUCGAGGGCCCCUGUAAAGCUGCAACUAUAAUCUAUCAACUUGUUUGCUGGCGAGUUGAUUGACGUACAUUCAUUUAAGCAUUUAAAAACAAAAGUUGAUAGUGAUCUGUGGGCCAGAUUUGUCUGUGGUGGUUAAUUGACGUACAUUUAUUAAAGCAUUUAAAAACAAAAGUUGACAGUGAUUUGUGGGCCUAAUAUUGAUAUAUACCCAACUGAGGUUUGGGAACUGGGAGGGAAAUUCAUGGCAGCAUUAUCCCACAGAAUAUGUUUUCAAAUGCAAUGGAGGGUUUUCACCCUUACCUCUGUAACCGAGAAUGAAUCACUGACAUCAUUCAAAAAGCCUGUGAACUAUAAAAGAAAUGGUUUUUUUUGGCUUUGCCAUUGCCAAUUAGCUAGCUAAGUAUUAAGGAUGAGCAAUUCUUGUCCUUUUCCCUUAGGUCUGGUACAAACCCUCCGGAUGCAUGCAGGACUCACCAAAACCGAGCCAUCAGCCAUUCAACGUUUACCUGCAUCCAUCCCAACCUUUUGGAAGGAGAAACCAGAAAGCAAAAGUCAUUGUUUUUGAUGCACCAACAGGGUCAAACAACUUUAUACUGCAUCAAUUCGACCAAAAAUCGUCACCACAAGCGUCAUAUAUAACUGUUGGAAGCCAUAUAUAGAUAUGUCUUCCGGAAUAUUACAAUUGUUCAGCAUUUUCCAUAAACAUCCAACAAGUAAAAACAAAUUAAGCAGGUCGGUGGCGAUUGGGAACAAUUAUAUAUGCAACCAAACGUCCAUGGAACCUUGACAAUACCGAAGCAGAUUUAAACUAUCUAUCUUUGAAA